AAUAUUUUUUGUUUUUAUCCCGUGACGAAUUUUGUUAACAUUUAACUUCUUACACGUGUCUUUAUUCAUUUUAAUUAUAUCACUGUAAUGUUGCCGAAAACACCCAAGCCUGCACUUUGGAGAUUCAUCAAGGGAAGCGCCAAGACUCUGUUUGUAGUGGAGGCGGUUUGUUUUGCUGCCAGCUACGGCGUGUAUUACCGCAUGAACACGAAUCGAGAAUUCCGCCAGCAUAUCCACGAGAACUAUCCCUUUGUGCUUGAUUACUAUUACAAAAUCGGCGAGAUCGUAGGCGACAACAAGGCCCGUCAGUCGGACGCCAGCUACUGGAGCACCUUGAAGAAAAGCGACUAAACACCCACAAUUCCCCAUGUUU